CUUGUUGGUUAUUGGUUGUUGGUCGUUGGAGUGGAGAUUAUCGAGAAGGCUUUUCUCAAGGCCUUAAAAUUGCUCCUGGCAAUGACUUCUUCACAUUGCUUCAUCCCGUAACAAUUCAGAUUUUUCCUUCGUGCUUUUUCAUGCUGUUAUCGUACAUAAUUUGGAAAACUGCGAUGGAACUCCUCGAGCGUCAUAUCAGCAGCGAUAAGGGAAAACGAAAAUGUCUGCCAAUAAAGAUGGGGAAAUUCGGGCAUCAAAUGAUCCCAUUGACAUCGUCAUCGAAAAACUUAUGAGGUAGGUUUGAUUGAGAAGAAGGUGUCUGCACAUCGAAAACACACCGGGCAGGAACUUCUCUACAAUUUUUGGGGGUCUAAAGCUCUUCUGCUUGUUGCUCCUUGUGAUUCAACAGCGUCCGUGGCGCUAGGCCUGGAAAGCUUGUAGUCGAUCUGACGGAAGCCGAGAUGAAGAUGAUUUGCCUCCGUUCUCGCGAUAUAAUGAUGGCCCAACCGAUGAUGCUCGAAUUGAAUGCUCCCAUCAAGAUUGUCGGCGAUAUUCAUGGCCAGUACUACGAUCUUCUCCGCCUAUUUGAAUACGGAGGUUUCCCUCCAGCUGCCAACUAUUUGUUUUUGGGUGAUUAUGUCGAUCGAGGCAAGCAAAGUAUCGAGUGUACCUGCUUGGUGUUAGCCUACAAGAUCAAGUAUCCCGAGAAUUUCUUUUGCAUUCGUGGCAACCAUGAGUGUGCCUCGAUCAAUCGUAUUUAUGGCUUUUACGAUGAGUGCAAGAGGCGUUAUUCCAUCAAGAUGUGGAAGACCUUCACAGAUGUCUUCAAUUGUUUGCCGGUAGCAGCAGUAAUCGAAGAUAAAAUCUUAUGUGUCCACGGAGGACUCAGUCCAGAACUGACGCGAUUGGAACAAAUCCAGAAUAUUGUGCGUCCCACUGACGUCCCGGACACAGGUCUUUUGUGUGAUCUUAUUUGGGCGGAUCCCGAUCCACAGAUUGAUGGGUGGGGCGAGAACGACCGCGGAGUUUCAUUUACAUUUGGCGAAGACAUCGUGACCCAGUUUUUGCGAAAGCAUGAUUUGGACUUGAUCUGUCGGGCUCACCAAGUCGUAGAAGAUGGAUACGAGUUUUUUGCCCGCCGAAGUUUGGUAACUUUGUUUUCAGCCCCCAACUACUGUGGAGAAUUCGACAAUGCCGCGGCAGUGAUGUCAGUAGACGACGAACUCAUGUGCUCGUUCCAGAUUUUGAAGCCUGCAGAUAAACGUUCGCGUUAUACCGAAAGACACUCGACGCCAUCACGCCAACACAAUCCACAAGAUAGAUAUUAAAAUAAAGUUGCUGAUUUGUUCAUUUGGGGAAUUUUGAAUGUUUUUUCUCUAUUGAUUGGAAGCUUCGAGUAAAAAAAUAACAUAAAC